UUUAAACACGUUUAUAUAUAAAUAUGGCACAAAUACAAACAUCGAGCGCGGAUGGGCUGCCAAAGCAUUUUGUUACCGCUAUGCGUACACUUUUUGAUAUAAUGGAUGAUCAAAAUACAGGCUUUGUCAAAUUUUCUGAUAUUGAAGGCAGAUGGCAAGAUGAUGGAACACAAGGUCUUCCAAAAGGUGUUUUAGAUAGCCUUAAAAAAGUCACACCACCUAAUGGAUUAUUGUCUUUUGAAAGGUUUUGUACAGGACUCAAGAUAUGUUUAUUACAAGUUCAAACAGAGACUGACUCUAAAAAACAUGAUGGUCAACCAAACAGACCACCAUCUGCUCCAAUACUUAUACCUGAUGAGCAAAAUAAAACAACAUGGACAUCUCCAAAUACAGCAACUAUUAGACCAAAUAAUGCUAUAUCUCAACAACGUACUUUAAGUAUGCCACAAUUACUAGCAGGUCGAAAAGAUGUUAAUCACACACAUUUAGAAUUAAUGGAUGGUAGAGGUGGACCUGAAUUAAAAUUAAAUAAAGCGUAUGGACCUCCAAAACCUCCAAGAAUGGGUGCUGCAUUAGAAGCUAGAACUAUUAAUUCAGAUAGAAAUUUUGAUAAAUCUGAAAUACGAACUGUAUUACAAAAUUGGCAAAUGGGUUUGUUGAUGAAUGAUGAUAAAACUGUAGAAAAGAGGCAAUUACCAGCAGUGAAUUAUAGAUCUGACACUAGAACAUUAUUAAGACCAACUAGAGUAUUGGGUGAUGGUAAAGCAGUUGAUUUACAAAAUAAUCAAGUUGGUUUACAGCCUAAAAAACCAUUAAACAGACGCAGAGAACCAAGGCGUCACACGUUGCAGAAUGGUAUUGAUUACAAUAUGAUGAAAAGAAUGAAACAAAUUGAACAAGAAAAAGAUGUAUUACUUCAAGGACUAGCUGCAGUUGAUAAAGCCAGAGAAUGGUAUUUAAAGCAAAUCUCUUCUACUCAGGAAAAAAUCAAACAUCUUGGACGUAUGGGAUCUCAUGUGGAACAAUGGACAGAAGCACAACAAGAACGUUUGGAAUUACAACGUGCUCGAGUAUUAGAAGUGAACAGACACUUAGCUGCAUUAAUAAGUAGUUGGGAACGUGGUGGACUUCCUCUUCACAUGAAUCUUGCUUUUCUCAGUACUCCUACAUCAACCCAACUGCAACAGGAUAUAUUGUCUAGGUUAAAGCAACAAAAUCACAGACUAACAGAGGAAGUCAGUAAAAAAAGUCAAAGAAUAGCAAUACUUGAACAAGAAAAGGAUAACUUGGUACGAGAAUUGUAUAAUAGACAAAGUAAUAUGGUUCAAUCUAGAAGAGCAACAAUGAUUCAUGAACAACAUGAUCAAACAUUCAUGUAA